CACGCGCAAAGCAAGCUGGGAUAACUAUUACAACGUGUUGAACAUAAACAAAAUGGCGACAGAAAGGGGUUGUUAUGCUGUCUUGACCGAUGAAAAAAAACGAAUUCUUUGUGAAUAUUAUGAUAAAGGCAUGACCACAACGUCUCCAUGCAUGCAUGCUUUCAUUGACCAAGCUGCGCAAGAAGCGAAUCUUAGUGUUGAUAAAGUCAAGAAAUGGAUAGGAAAUGAAAGGAGAAAGCGAAGAGCAAGCUCUACUUUUGUAAAUGAUUUGGAAGAGAGACAGUCCAACAAGCCGCCAUCUAAACGUGCAAUCACUGGAUAUAAUCUUUUCUGUUCCCAAAUGAUGAAUUCAGACGAAUGCCAAAUGUUAUCAAGCAAGUCAGCUAAAAUGAAGUUUGCAGUUGAUAAGUGGAAAUCACUUUCAUUGGAAAAAUGUGAAGAAUGGAAAGAAAAUGCUAGAGAACUUGCUAAUAAUUGCACAACAGAGCUAACACCAAAACAAAAAAAAGCUCAAGUAUUGAAAGCAAAGAAACAACUAAUAGCACAGUUGUCAUAUUUGGAAAGCCUUGGUUGUGAUGCAUCGGUCAUGAUUUUUGAGCAUGAGUCGAAAGAAAUUAGCCACUAUGGUACUGGCAAAGGUCUGAAGUACCUUAGUGAGAACAAUGAGGCAACAAUAAAGUUUAUGGAAUUUUUUGAAUGCCCGAACGAAAAGUAUUCAGCAUCAGAUGUUGCUGCAAUGUUCAACAGAAAAUACCGUGAGGCUUCUGGAAAACUUUGUGCUCGUGUACCUUACCAUAAGGGUGGGUUUGAGGUAACAGGGUUACCUGAUGGUGUAGAGUUCAAAAAGCCAACUUCCUAUGGUGCUAAUACCAUUCAAGCCAUUAUGAAGAAUUCAGAAAACAUAAAGUUUUUCAUCGUUGAAAAUCAGGCUAGUGACCGUGAAGAAACACUUCAACUCACUUCAAAGCAUUCCCAAGCAUUAACAAAAAUUGUAGACAGUGACAAAAUUGGUAGAAUUUUGUCAGGAGAAACGUCAAUUAAAGGACGAUUUAGAAGUUGCUGA